AUGAUAUUUUCUGACAGCUCAUCUGUUGAUGCGAAGCUAGUUCGGAAACGAUCUAGGGGGCUGCACCUGUCAGAAGAUGAAGAGUCUGAUGGUUGCGAACUAUUCGCUACUGUCAGUCCUACGAAACGCAGUGGUUGUCUUGAAACCGCCGUUGAACAUCAGAUUGUACAAGAUUCUUUGCAAAUGGACAGGGACGUUGUUAAGAGACGAGACUUUAUCAUCAGAGGCCCUCAUGACCCAGCUUUUAUACAAGACUCGUCAAAAAAUAUAAGCGAAGAGGAGCGGAACAGAUAUGUCGCUCGUAUCAUGGAAUUUUCUCUUUUAAAGACGAAACAAUUGGCUGCAAGAGCAUUUCAAGAGGAUUUGAUUGGGAAAUUACCUGGUGUUGUGGAACGCGAGUCUCUAAUGCAAGCCGGUCAUCUCCUAGAUGCAAGUGCCCGAAUUUAUUCAUUUCGUGUGGAUGUAACUCAUACAGCGGCUUACGAAGUUAGGUCGCAAUUAGGAGAAGAUAGAAAGGCUGGUAAGACUUCUGCUAAUGGUGUCGUUUUACCUGGAGUUUCGGCUAAUGGUGAUAGUGAAUUGAGUAAUGAAGAACCAACGGGAAGCGAAACGAGAAAAUUGGGGACUACAUCUGCAUUUGAUGCCGAAUAUGAUGAUGAUUUGAGCGUGAAGAAAAAGAAGUAUGUUGAAUAUACGGUGGAAGAUCUUCCUGACACUGUAAUACUGACAAAGGAAGAAUUCAUGAAUUCGAAUGUUGAUGUAGAAAAAUUUUUGCAAAACUAUGCCAAAAAGAAAAAAAAUGUUGCUCAGAAAUGUGCUUUACGACGAGCAAAGAUCAAUUGUAUUGUUCAUGAAAUGGGUGAUAUAAAUACAGAAGUUUCCUCGUCUUGCCAUGAUCAUUUGUAUGGCAAGGCUGCUCGCAAUUUUGAUGAAGGGUCUUGUACUGGUCUUUUGAUGCAGAAUGCGUUAACUGGUGACCAGGGCCGCAAAAUACGUCUUCAUAAUAGACCGUGUCAAUACAAAGGUUAUGAUGAAGGAAGUGUUAAUGAACAGGAGAUGUCUGUCUUGUAUGAUGAUUUUGAGAACAUGUUGUUGCAGCGUUCGAAUGAGAAUAGGUCAGAAAUGGAGAGCACGGAAAAGGUAAAAUUAGUCUUAAAUUUUUGCACUUAUUUGGACUGAUUGCUUCAAACUAUGGAGGCGUUUGAGGGGUUGGUAGGGGAAGGGACAGCUUCAAGGAGACAACGAAUGCUUUGGUUGCUGGUUGAAUGUGGUCAUUCUGGUUUCCAAUUUGCUUGCUUUGAAUUUCUUCUUGUAAAAGUUCAGGAGAUCAGGUCUUCUGAAAUAGGUUUACUGGCCAGGGAUUUGAAAUACUUUGAUAUCGUUGCGUGGCGUAUCCGUGCCCAAAAGAAAUACGGAUUAACCACCAAAGACAUGCUUUCCAUCAUUGCUAGAACCAUGUCGUCGGUGGAGGAGUGCGAAAAAAAUGUGUUAUUGAACUUGCUUAUGCCGGUAUCAUUUGAAUUAGCACCAGUUUAUUCAUCUACGGUUAUUGCUAAAAUACCUCAAAAAUGUUUCAUAACCAGCGAAUCCUUAUCUGCAUUUGAGAAGUCGCUUAAAUGGAUAGUCUUUCGUAAAAGCUACAAUUCGUCGUUAUCUAUUAGCUCCUCCACGAUUUCGCCAAAUUGCAGAAACGAGGAGAAGUACAAAUUCUUUUUCGCUGCUGACUCUAUAGACACUUCAGCUGCGGUGGCUUGUCGAGAGGUUUGCUAA